GCCGACCUAAUGAAUUACGUAUCCAGUAUCAAGAAUGUGUCCGAGAGGCUAUCGACGCUGAAUGUGUAUGUAGAGAAGCUGGAGCAGGAGAUACAGAAUAUGAAUGCUUGGGAUCCUCAUUACUGCAUUUUGCUUCUCAAAGAUGCUUUGGAGUUUUUGAGGGAGGAAGGUGAGAAGAUGAGGCAGAAAAUGGAAUGUGAAGAAUCUAAGGUCCCUACGCUGAAGAUAAACUUUGAUGACGAGGAAGAAAGGGCGGUAAUCCUGGGAAAGGUUGCUGUCAAAGAGAAGAACCGGAUGAACACGACCAAUAAGAACAGACAGAAAUCAGCUGCAGAAAUUCCAAAGGCAAGCCCUAAAAACAAUCUUUCUUUAGCAACUAGAAUUUUGAAACCCAAAUUGAAUCCUCUCCUUCCAGCCAUAUAAACUGAGCAUAGGAGGAGGAGCAUUCACACCGUACAAAUCCAGUGGGCCCAGUUUUUCGGCCACCUUAUCGACGAUGAUGAAGGUGAAAAGGGAUAUGGAGAUGGAGACUGCAGAAGGGUCACCAUCACCCCUUGUUCCUCCCCGAAUCAAAACUUCAAGAGUGAAGAUGAGUCACAGGCACAUCGUCCCGGAUGUGAAGGAGAUAGGGUCAUAGCGGCAAAAUCAAGCAGCCUGGAAGAAUAAAAGGCGAUGCUGGUCACCAGAGCUUCAUGCUAGUUUCAUGGCCGCCGCUCGACUCCUGGGUGGUCCUCAAGGUUACGUCUUAGUACUGGACAAUCACGAAUGUCAAUCUGUCUUGUUUGGCCAUCAGUUUGGAAAUUG